AACAACAACCCAGAACCAAAAAAAAAAAAAAAAGAAAAAGAAAAACCCAAAGAGAUGGUCCAACGAAAAACAACAACCAAUGACUCAAUUCGAACCACUCGCACUGAACCUCGUCAUCCAAACUCAUCUUCAAAACCACCACCAACCAACUCAGAACAAAACUCAGACUCAGACUCAGACUCAGAUUCAAACAACUCAAACAACUCAGAUUCAGAAUCAAGCUCAUCCGACACUCAGCCCGAUACAAACCACUCAGACCAAGAACAAACCUUCAUCCUCCAUCGACAUCUCGACUACACCUACCAGCGAACACCAAACCAAUCAACAACCACACCCGGCUUUGACCUCUUCACCGCACGAACCUGGAAGCUAGACGACCAACAGAUCGAUCAGUUCGCUCAGCUUAAUGAUACCGACCUCGUCCAGAUCCACUAUCCAGUCCCAAUCAAACAGGAACCAGUCAAGAAACUCACCCUAGCCGAUAUCCUACCUCCUCAGCCUCAAUCAUCAUCAACAUCAUCAUCAUCAGUCGUCUGCAACCAUCCACCCAACAAAACACGCCUCAACAAGCUCUCCUCGUCACCCUUUGCUGGCCCAAGUGUUUCAUCGUUGUACUACUCGGCUUAUUCCUCAUUUGCUCCCUGCUACGAUUCUACUGCCAGCUCACAAACACUCCACCAAGCCAGGAUUCAAUUCCAAAGCAAACAAAGGAUAGAUCUCUGGUCCAGACGAGCUGAUCGAUACCACCAUGUUCUCAUCGACCCAACCCCUGCAGAACCACCAGUCGAACCAGCGUCUAAUAACAAGAAGAAGAAAUCUAACGCGCCUGCUACUCGAGGAAGAAAGCGCCAGAAAACUUCAUCUUCAUCCGUCGCCGCUUCCACCCCAUCCAGCUCACCAGCCAAGGAUCUACCCGUCCCAAUAAGUCCGACAAAAGUUCGCCAAGAGAUCGACGCGACUCUACUCGAGACCUCCAAACUGAUCAGCAAUCUUCAAGAGAGACAGUUCGAUAGACUACGAAUCAGUCAGGAUAUCCAUCUCGACCCAUCCCUAUCGACUCCUUCUAUGUACCCACGACAAAAUCCCACCCCGAAUCAAUUGGUCGUACCUGAGCCUACUCGGGAGGAGAUAGCAGAGGCCUAUCAACUCGUCCAACGACUCUCCAGCGUGAUUGCGCGUCGACCUCGACCGGGCUGUACAAGUCAGGAUGAUCAAGACGAUCAGAUGGACACAUCGGAAGCAGAUCAGAGUGUGAUUCCGACGGCCGAAGCGAUCCGGAAAUCCUAUGAGGUCCUAGCCAUCGGGGCCGGUGCGGACUCGGCAAGCGAAAGGGUAGUCUAUAGCGGCCUCCUUCCGCCGGCCAAUCCGGUGGGCAUCCACGAAUCCACGUUGGUUUCGGAGCCCAAUCCGCAGCUGAUCUCGGUCCUCGAACAGAGCUCGAGAUCGAGCGUCUCGACCCCUCGGCUCCCGAUGCUCUCCUCGGCCCCACAAUUCCUGCCUCACUCGCUCUCCACUGCAGCCUCCUCUCGGCGCGACCCUAGUCUCUCGAACGCCCGCAUCGGCCCAGCCGGCCCCCCUGCCACCAUGCUCUCCAACCCUCCGGACCUGCUCCCCAAUCGACCGGCUAUGAACGGCCAGGCCGUCCAUAACAACAUCUCCAAACUCCAGCUCCUUCAACAACAACAACAACAACAAACACCACCAGUUCCAGUGAACCAACACCACCAUCCAGCGCUCCAACCCGACCAUUCGAUCCCCGUCCGUCCGGCUCUACCGUCGACUACCAUCAUCGGAUCCUCUUCCCCACUCGACCAUCAACGCCAUCUCCAUCAUCUUCAAGUCCAGAAACUCCUGGCUACCUCGUAUGCCAAACCGGCCACCCAUCUCAUGUCUUCUCCUUCCCUCACCACCCCCGUCCUCCCUACUAUCGCCACGCCCAGCUUGAAACCCGUCGCCGCGUCCUUGGCUGCCAAUCAUCAUCCUCAUCUGCUCAAUUCUUCCCCUCAUCUUAAUCCCCCCGCUCAUCCUAAUCAUCGCGCACUCGCGUCUUCUUCUUCUUCUUUGGCUGCUUCGGCUCCUGUGGCUUCGGCUUCCAAUCCUACUCUCCAUUAGAUCCUCUUACUUAUACAUCCUUCCCUCAUAAAUAUUUACAUUCUCUCUUUUCUUCUUCUUUUUCUUUUUUUUUGUUCUUAUUCACUUGAACGGGGUUUCUUCUUUCUCUUUAUGUUUAGGUCUUGAAAUGAAAUCGAUUAAUCAAUCAAUCAACACGAAUAUGUCCAUCCUCCGCCGCUCUUCCUUCGUUUCCUGUCCUGUUCUUUUCUUUUUCAGGUAGAAAGGGAACAACAUGCGUG